GAUCAGCUUCUUGAAGCGUCUAAAAAACUUGUCAUUGCUGUGCAUCAUUUCCUUGGUGCAUACUGCGGAUCAGUACGUUGUGGAUUCGAUGUUCUCCCACUAAAAUCAUUUGAAAGCGGCGAGCGUCAACAGGUUGAAGUGAUAACUGUCGAUGAGAAGCUCUCAGUGUUCAUUGAUUCGGUUCAAAAUAUACCAGCGGAAUGGAUGGAGCAGUUUCAUUCAUUCUACGUUGGCGUUCACGUAUUGCAUGGGACAAUCGAAUUGUGUCGAGGAAUUAGAGAACCCACUUGUCCGCUCAUUCAUGACAACGUUUUUUCGUAUUGUCGAAUGGACACAUGGAGUGUUGAUGGGCCGGAACAUCCCGAUGUCCCGGUGCAUCAACGCUCUGUACUCGACGUUAGCCAGAUGCCAUGGCUCGGAGCACCAGUAGCACUGAGAUCAGCGUACAGAUGGUUCCAGAUCCUGCCAGUUCUGGGCAUCGCAACACAGGCCUCUUUCGAUCUACAGAUCUGCGUGCUGCCUCGCGAAACACGUAUCUUAGUAAUGUUUUAUGGUAUAGGUCAGUCUACAUCAGUUGAGCAGAGCCAUUCGCCAAAUACCGUUGUUGAGCCUCCAAGGCCCUUUGAGCAACAGCUCGGCUUCACUUCCUUUCCAGUCUUCAAUCAUGAAGGCAGUGCAGCUGGCUUCUGA